AUGUCUUCUCACAAGACUUUCAGAAUCAAGCGAUUCCUGGCCAAGAAACAAAAGCAGAAUCGUCCCAUUCCUCAGUGGAUUCGGUUGAAAACUGGUAAUAAGAUCAGGUACAACUCCAAAAGGAGGCACUGGAGAAGAACCAAGCUGGGUCUGUAAGGCGUCACACAUCAUGAGAUGACACACCUAAUUGGCAUACAUAUUUAAUUAAGCUGCAUGAAGAUCAUGUGUUCUAUCAUUCUGUAAACAUCCUUCCUACCUGGCCAUAGACUUGUCUUAUCAUGGAAAUGAUUCUUCUCUCUGA